CUCCCAAUACCUUUCAACUACCUUUUCCCCUUGUAAAUAUAAAUACCACCUUCAACAAGCAAAGAAAACAUUCCUGUUUUUACCAAUCACAACAUAAUUUAUCCAAAUCAUAAAAUUUGUACAACUUCCCUCUUCAAAUGGAAUCAAGUGGGAUAACUUAUCUAGUAUUACCCCGAGAUCUUGUCCAACAACCAUCAACCCUAAUACCUAAUUACAAUACUAACAACGAUGAUGAUGAUUGUCGUCUGAUGCAAAUUUUCACUUCUGGUAAUGGAGAUGAUAAUCAUGAGUUUAUCCAAAACCACACAUUUUCAUCCAACCCUACAUCUUCAUUUACCAAUAAUAACAUUAUUAAUGAUAAUAACAACAUUAAUAAUAAUGUUUCUUCUUCCUUAAACAACCUAUUAUACUCCCCAUUAACCCCUAAUUGCUCACAAUUCCAAACCCCUCAAACUCCUCCUAUUUUAGAUAACAUUGAUUGGAUUAACCUUUUCUCUUCAGCUUCAAAUGAUCAUCAACAAAAGGGUCUUGAGCCGAGUCCGGUAUCAGUAGGAUCAUCAACCGCAUCAGCUCCAGCUAACCACAACCACUGCAACGAUAAUAGUAAUAACGGUCAAACUACAGGAAGAGAAGAUAAAGGGAAAACUACCCAUUAUAAUGAUUACAAUAAUAAUAGUUCAAGUAGUAAAGUAUCAAGAUCAAUAGCAUGUUCUUCUAAUUCUAUGAAGAAAAAAGUUGUGCCUCCGAGGUUUUGCUUCCAUACAAAAAGUACAGAAGAUGUUCUUGAUGAUGGGUAUAAAUGGAGAAAAUAUGGACAGAAAUCUGUCAAAAAUAGCACCCACCCUAGGAGCUAUUAUCGUUGCACAUACCAUACAUGCAACGUAAAGAAACAGAUACAACGACAUUCAAGGGAUAAAAGUAUCGUUAUUACAACAUAUGAAGGCAUUCAUAACCAUCCUAGCGAGAAAUUGAUGGAGACUUUGAGCCCUCUUCUUAAGCAACUCCAAUUCCUCUCGAGAUUUUAAUCUUAUUGUAGUUCCAUGUAAUUAUUUAGCUAAUUAACACCAUUAAUUUGGUGCUUGUGCACAUUAAUUAGUAGUCUCCAUUUAUCGUUUCUUUUGUUGAUAAUUUACACAAAGUGCACACAGAAAAUGGAAAAGAAAAGCAAUGAAAAUUAUAUACUUAAUUAGCUUAUACACGUACAUGUUAAAUGCGAAUCAAUUAAAUUCCGUAGCUUUAAUUCUUCAUAUUUUUGGCAUAAUACGUACAAGCUUUUGACUAUCUUGUCGUCCCACCAAAUUGGUAAAUAAUUGCGUCACUUAAGCCCUCAAAACUGUUAAUUACAACUAACUAAUAUAUAUUACGGAGUUUUAUACUUAAAGAUUAAUUUUUCUACACGGCCGCAUGAGAUCGAGUAUUUAAGUGAUACUUGUAAAAUACAACUUAUCUAUGUUAAUUGCUCUCCCUAUUUUUAUUUUAUUUUUUUUCUUUUUUUCUUUUUUUCUUUUUUUCUUUUUUUCUUUUUUUCUUUUUUUCUUUUUUUCUUUUUUUCUUUUUUUCUUUUUUUUUAAUUUUUUUUCUUUUUUUAAUUUAUUUUUUCGGGGAAAUUGCUCUCCCUAUUUAAUUCUUUAGCCUAAAGAAACUUCCAGAAUGCGCUAGUGCUGAAGAAAGAUAGUUUGCUGCUUUCGUCCAAGUAAAAACUAAAUCGAACGAAGAUAAAACAAAGUCAAAAAAACAGGUCGUUGUAAUAUCUACGAUCUAUCCAUUUCUAUAAUUCUAAGGGGUUGUGCACCAAAUGUGAGGGUUUGGUGACCAGUAACUUUUUAUUCUAAGUUGGUGAAGUUAAAGACUAAAGCCUAGCAAAAGAUUAAAGAAUAUAUGUAGACAUGUAGUGGCGGUAGAAAACUAUGAAAGUUAAUGCAAACCUCAAUUAUAUUUUUAAAUUUUUAAAUUGGAAACAUAUCGGUUAUCGGGCAUGGACGAUGCCUCUGGUUAUUACUUAUAUAUAUAUAUAUAUACGGGGAGGUUCCGCUAAAAACAGAGCUUAUGGUGAAAACUAAAAACAAGCAAUCUUAGCCAUUCAUUACUAGCACAAAAGAUCAGACGGUUCUAAAGCCCUAAGAUCAUUCCAACCUUACAUAUAAUCAAUUCAACCGUUUUAAAGGUCUUUUUGUUUUUUUUUUUUUUUUUUUUUU